AUGACUCGACCUGGGAAACCCGUGGGAAGGGGGGGGGGGCUGCAUUUGGGUGCUGCAUUGGAUUGCAUUGGAUUGCAUUGGUACCUCGGCACCGGUGUCUGCGCUGAUUUCCUUUCAUCUCAUCUUGCUGAGCCGGUCUUAUCGGGAUGUGAGAUGUGA